UUUGAACCAAUCCCCAUCAAGCACUUUCUAUUAACAUUUUUAUAUUAUAUUAUAGCCAACCUAAUAUCUCCUAAUCUGACCACAACUCAUGUAACCGAAUUCAUCAUUUUUGGCUUCCCGAGUCUUCAGAAGUAUCCGAUUCUGCUCUUCUUUGUGUUUCUCUUUAUAUACCUGUUCACCAUCACUGGUAAUGGAAGCAUCUUCUAUUUAGUUGUAGUUGAUCGUCGGCUCCAUACUCCUAUGUAUUUCUUUGUCAGUAAUUUGGCUUUUCUCGAUUUAAGCUACGCAACAGUGACCAUCCCGAAGAUGUUGGCCAAGUUCUCGAUGAACCUUGACACCAUUUCUUUUACAGCCUGCUUUGGUCAGAUGUAUAUUUUUGAGUCUUUAGUAGCCACAGAAUGUUUACUUCUAACUGUAAUGGCUUAUGACCGAUAUGUUGCCAUAUGUUCUCCUCUAUAUUAUUUAUCCAUCAUGACUAGGAGACAGUAUCUACUGUUGAUGGCUAUGGCGUGGUCCGGUGGCUUUCUUGUUCCACUAACAGGCCUAAUAUUAGCCUUAAAGUUGCCAUUUUGUGGUCCUAAUAUCAUCCAUCAUUACUACUGUGACCAUCCACCAUUGUUGCAGUUGGCCUGUGCCGAUACCUCCUUCAACGUAGCAGUCGGCUCCUCCAUCAGUGCUUGCGGUCUUCUAAUAACAUUUAUCUUAGUGGUCAUUUCUUAUGUUAAAAUUGUAUUAACCAUCUCCACAAUGAAUUCCAAAGAAGGACGUAAGAAGACGUUUUCCACGUGUGCCUCGCACUUUGUCGUGGUCAGUAUCUUCUUCUUACCACUUAUCUUCAUGUAUGUCCGGCCACAGGCUUCCUACUCCUCAGAAGUGGACUCUCUGGUGGCCUUACUAUACACAGUAUUAACACCUAUGAUGAAUCCGCUUAUAUACAGCCUCAGGAACAAGGACAUUAAAGAAGCUUUCAAGAAGAAAAUCAACUUUAAAAUAAAAGAAUAG